GCCUCGUGCCUGCCAUUUGGCGCUUAGCACUCUGGGAAAUGUCGUGUUCUGGGUCCAGCUUGACUGCCUCUGGGGGAAGCGGGCCGUCGUAAAUGAACUAUGACUCCCGGCAGCCCCCGCGCCGGCCGCUGCGCUCUCUACUAUGGUGGCCGGUCGCGAUUUCCCUGCGGGAGGCUGUAGCUGGCCCGCGAGAGUGGGCGUGGGGGAGAGGGGCGGAGCUGGGUGAAGGUCCUGGGGGCCCGGGACUGGGCCGGCGGGAUCUCAGUUCUGCGGACCCUGCCGCACCACACCGGGAACCGGGAUGGAGAGUAGGUGCUACGGCUGCGCUGUCAAGUUCACCCUCUUCAAGAAGGAGCUGUCUUAGCUUUAGUGCAGCAGUGCCCCGGGCUGGGAACACCCAACAGAAAGUCUGCAAGCCAUGCCAUGAGGUCCUGACCAGAGGAUCUUCUCCUGCCAAUGCCUCCAAGUGGUCACCACCUCAGAACUAUAAGAAGCGUGUGGCAGCCUUGGAAGCCAAGCAGAAGUCCAGCACUCCCCAGAGCCAGGGACUGACCCAACAAGACCAAAUCAUUGCUGAGCGCCUAGCUCGGCUCCGCCAGGAGGACAAGCCCAAGUCAGUACCCUCACAGGCAGAGAUAGAAGCCAGGCUAGCUGCACUGAGGGGUGAACCCCAGGGUUCCAUCCCUUCUACCCAGGAGAUGGAGGCACGGCUUGCUGCACUGCAGGGCAGAGUUCCACCUUCUCAGACUCCUAAGUUGGUGCAUCAGCCAUCAGACACCAGAACCCAGGCCCAGCAGGCGCAGGAUCUGCUGACACAGCUCACAGCAGAAGUGGCUAUUGAUGAGAGCUGGGACCGAGGAAGCCCAGCAUCGCUCCUUCCAGCUGCCUCUGUCCAGAAUGACCUCAACCAGGGUGGACCAGGGGGCCAGAGUGCUAAUUCCAAGGGACAGGCCAUCUGGUCCCUGGAUGGGGAGAAGAGCAGGCUGCUGGCUGAAGCAGCAGUUGAGCUGCGGGAGGAGAACACAAGGCAGGAGCGGAUCCUGGACCUUGCCAAGCGCCUGGCUGUGCUUCGGGGACAGGACCCUGACAGAGUGACCCUCCAAGACUAUCACCUCCCAGAUAGUGAUGACGACGAGGAUGAGGAGACAGCCAUCCAGAGAGUCCUGCAACAGCUCACUGAAGAAGCUGCCCUGGAUGAGGCAAGUGGCUUUAACAUCCCUGCAGAGCCAACUCGCCAACCCCAGGCCAAAUCCUGCAGGGCAGAGCCUAAGGCCCAGGCUAUGGCCACCAGGCCUGAGACUGAGGUAGAGGAGUUCCCCUGGUGCUGCAUCUGCAAUGAGGACGCUGCCCUGCGCUGCGAUGACUGUGACGGAGACCUCUACUGUGUCCGCUGCUUCCGGGAAGGCCAUGAUGCCUUUGAACUUAAAGAGCACCGGACAUCUGCUUACCACCCUCCACAUGCAGGACGAAAGCACUGAAAAACCCUGGUCCUCCCGGGAAAGCAGUCCUACAGGCAGUCACACAGGCUGGGGAACCCACCACUGGGCCCAGCCUUGGGGCAUCUGAUGGGAGAGCAUGUCAGGCUAGACUGCUCAUGGGUGCACUCUUUCCUGAGCCUCGAUGUCCCUGGAAGGGGGAAAGAUUGGAGAUGAUGAACAGAGGAGCCAGAGGGAAGGCAGAAGUCGGGAGCCCUCCACCAGCAAAGCCUGGACUGGAAAGACCAGACUGAAUCUAAAGAUGAGCCUUGAAACCUGCUCAAGGGCCCUAGCACUUAGUGUAUCAAAUAAAGUAUGUUGAUUCCUUGGGCC